UCUUUCGAAUCCAGUUUUUGAACAUUAUCAUUAUCAUAUAUAUAGUUCUCAUUCUUCGCCUACGAUUGGUACUUAUAAGCCAAUAGAAAAUCGUCACAUGCAUGAUCUUGAAAAGUGUUCUACAAAGCAACAGUAAUCAUUUCACUAUUUCUUUCCUAUCUGAGUGUAGAUUUAAUUUUCAUCAAACGUAAAACUCUGGUCACCUUGGGAUAUAUUUUGUAUUGUUUGAUGCAAAUAGAAGGACACAUUAUGUGAAUUUUCACUAGGAGCAUUGUGAUGUGUUAUAUGAUGAUGAUCAUGAUGAAGGUUUUUUACAUGUUCUGAUAUUUAAUGAAGUGCCCUUUACUUUUUCUUUGUGGGAUAAAAAUCUAGAUGUUGGUUCAUACCAGGCAAUUUCAAUUUUUCUUGUCAAUACGAAAAAGAAAUACCAGAAUCAGAAAACUUUCCUUUUAUAGAAACCACUCUUCUUUACUUUUUCUUUUUUAGCUAUUCCAACUUCUUGUUAACAUGUCACAUGAAAGAGAACAGAUGCAUUUAAUCUCUCUUUACCAACAUUUAUGCUCUCCUAAACAGAAAUUAGAAACCAAAGAGAAAAAAAAAACAUUGGAUUUGAUCGAGACACGAAAAUCUUGGAGUGUUUUGAUGUCUAAAAACAGAAUAAAAACAUCUUAUAGAUUCUGUCUAGACAAUUAAGCCACGAGAAAAACAGAUUUACUUGAGCAUAUUUAUAAAUAUGCCUUAAAAACCAACCUUGUAACUACUUAAGGAUCUCACCCGUUACUUUUUCUUGUGACUCAAGCAAAUUUAACCUCUGUUCUCUUCUUUUGAUGCUUGGCUUUAAAGAUGAUAUCACGAGCCCUCUUAGUGCUCAAAUCUUCGAUUUCUGCGAUCCACAACUCUUUCAAGAAACCUUCAAUCAAACCUCUGAAGUCACCUCUACUUCAAACAUUCUUGAGAAAUCCGGAAGCUUCCAUUCAAACACUAACACAACCACAACAACUGAGAACAGUAACAACAACAGCAAGAACACAGAACUUCAAGACGAAGAAGAUGACAACAACAACACGGAUCUUUCCAUAAUCUUUGACUCACAAGAAGAUUUCGAAAACGACAUAACGGCUUCAAUCGAUUUCUCAUCAUCUUCACUGCAAUAUCCAGUCAUCGAUCAACUCCUUACGGCAACGAGCCAAGACCAGUUUGAUUUCUCUUCAGGACUCCAAGUUACUCACCAGCCUCCUAACAUUUCAUUCUCUGGAGACCCUCUGUCUCUACCAGCUGUUUCCUCUCUAGCUCCUCCUCCUUUACAAUCAGGGGUUUUCGAAGAAGAUUGUCUUUCUUCAGUCCCAAGUUACAAUCCUGGCUUGAACCCUUCUUACUCUUUCUUCCGUACCUCCGGUUUACCGGCGUAUAUGAGCACCGGUUUAUUAUCUGCUGAAAGUAGUCUUGGUUUAUUUCCCGGGAAUAAUCAUGUGGGAUCCGAAAUCAAUAAGCCACAUGAUCCAUUCAUGGACUUUCAAGCUGAUAAUGGUGGUUUAUUCUGUCCUGAUUCCAUCAAACGUAUCUUUAAUCCAGAAGAUCUCCAGAAGGCACUUGGUGUUGGUGGCGUCGAGAGCCAGAGCCACUUGAUGGCGCCUCAAAGUAAUUCAGCAUUAGGACCGGUUGAGAUUAAUAAUGCUUUAGAAGAUUCAACGUUGAGCAAAGUUGGAAAACUCUCCCCUGAGCAAAAGAAAGAGAAGAUUCGUAGGUAUAUGAAGAAGAGGAACGAAAGGAAUUUUAACAAGAAAAUUAAGUAUGCAUGUAGGAAAACAUUGGCAGAUAGUCGACCAAGAGUUAGAGGAAGAUUUGCAAAGAAUGAUGAGUUUGGUGAACCAAGUAGACAAGCUUCUUCAAGCCAUCAUGAUGAUGAAGAUGAAGACGAUAUGGGAGUGAAGGAUGAGGAACAAUUUGUAGAUUCUUCAGACAUUUUUGCACACAUUAGUGGAGCCAACUCCUUCAAGUUCAAUUACCCAAUUCAAUCUUGGAUUUGAGCUCCAAGAGCCACACCAAAAAGAUUCAUGUUUAUAAACAUGAAUCUUAUAGUCUUAUAUAGUUAUAUAAAUCGUAAUUCUAUAGAGUUAUAACUUGUCUAUUUAGUUUUGUGAUGCCCCUCUGUCAAAAAAAAAAAAAAAAAACAAUCUAAGCAAAAUCAAAUGAAGAUAAUGAAUAAAUGGGUUUUAGGCAGGUUUGGUUAAAUAAAACAGUAGCGAGAGUAAGGUUUUAAUAAUGUAACAUAGAAUUUUCCAAAAUUUUCUAGAUACAGUAUGUUACACAUAUAUAAUAUGAUAUAUGAUGUCUUGUAUUUUGAUCACCUGUGAACACUAUAUAUAAUCA